GGACAAAGGCGGCGCGCAGCUUCUGUCGUCCGCCAUUUUGUGCUAAGCAAGGUGGCAACCACGUUCCCUGAGCGACUUCUCCGCUUCUGCCUCGACCGCCCCUUGACUACAGAUAUGUCUCGGGAUCGGUUCCGGAGCCGCGGUGGUGGCGGUGGAGGCUUUCAUCGGCGUGGAGGAGGCGGUGGCCGCGGCGGCCUCCACGACUUCCGCUCUCCGCCGCCUGGCAUGGGCCUCAACCAGAAUCGCGGCCCCAUGGGCCCGGGCCCUGGUGGCCCGAAGCCACCGCUCCCGCCUCCACCUCCGCACCAGCAGCAGCAGCAACCUCCGCCGCAGCAGCCCCCGCCGCAGCAGCCUCCACCGCACCAGCAGCCGCCGCCACACCAGCCGCCCCAUCAACAGCCCCCGCCUCCGCCGCAGGAAUCCAAGCCCGUCGUCCCGCAAGGCCCCGGCUCGGCGCCCGGAGUGAGCACUGCGCCGCCUCCGGCGGUCUCGGCCCCGCCCGCCAACCCCCCUACCACCGGCGCCCCGCCGGGCCCCGGUCCUACCCCGACUCCGCCGCCCGCAGUCCCCUCUACUGCCCCCGGACCGCCUCCCCCUUCCACGCCGAGCAGCGGAGUCUCAACAACGCCUCCACAGACCGGUGGCCCUCCGCCACCGCCCGCCGGGGGCGCCGGUCCAGGGCCUAAGCAAGGCCCAGGCCCUGGAGGUCCCAAAGGCGGCAAGAUGCCGGGUGGGCCUAAGCCUGGCGGUGGUCCGGGCAUGGGCGCUCCUGGUGGCCACCCGAAGCCACCUCACCGAGGUGGCGGGGAGCCCCGUGGGGGCCGGCAGCACCACGCGCCCUACCACCAGCAGCACCAUCAGGGCCCCCCUCCCGGAGGCCCGGGACCUCGCACAGAAGAAAAGAUAUCCGACUCGGAGGGAUUUAAAGCCAACUUGUCUCUCUUGCGGAGGCCUGGAGAAAAAACUUACACACAGCGCUGUCGGUUGUUUGUGGGGAACCUACCUGCUGAUAUCACAGAGGAUGAAUUCAAAAGACUGUUUGCUAAAUACGGAGAACCGGGAGAAGUUUUUAUCAACAAGGGCAAAGGGUUCGGGUUCAUUAAACUUGAGUCAAGAGCCUUGGCUGAAAUUGCCAAAGCUGAACUUGAUGAUACCCCCAUGAGAGGUAGACAGCUACGGGUUCGGUUUGCCACACAUGCUGCAGCCCUGUCUGUUCGGAAUCUUUCUCCUUAUGUAUCCAAUGAACUUUUGGAAGAGGCCUUUAGCCAGUUUGGUCCUAUUGAAAGGGCUGUUGUAAUUGUGGAUGAUCGUGGAAGAUCCACGGGGAAAGGCAUUGUUGAAUUUGCUUCGAAGCCAGCAGCAAGAAAAGCAUUUGAAAGAUGCAGUGAAGGUGUUUUCCUACUGACAACGACUCCUCGCCCAGUCAUUGUGGAACCACUUGAGCAGUUAGAUGAUGAAGAUGGUCUUCCUGAAAAACUGGCCCAGAAGAAUCCAAUGUAUCAAAAGGAGAGAGAAACGCCUCCUCGUUUUGCUCAGCAUGGCACAUUUGAGUAUGAAUAUUCUCAACGAUGGAAGUCUUUGGAUGAAAUGGAAAAACAGCAAAGGGAACAAGUUGAAAAAAACAUGAAGGAUGCAAAAGACAAAUUGGAAAGUGAAAUGGAAGAUGCCUACCAUGAACACCAAGCAAAUCUUUUGCGCCAAGAUCUGAUGAGACGCCAGGAAGAAUUAAGGCGCAUGGAGGAACUUCACAGUCAAGAAAUGCAGAAACGUAAAGAAAUGCAGUUGAGGCAAGAGGAGGAACGGCGUAGAAGAGAGGAAGAGAUGAUGAUUCGCCAACGUGAGAUGGAAGAACAAAUGAGACGCCAACGAGAAGAAAGUUACAGCAGGAUGGGCUACAUGGAUCCAAGAGAAAGAGACAUGAGAAUGGGUGGUGGUGGAACAAUGAACAUGGGAGAUCCCUAUGGUUCAGGAGGCCAGAAAUUUCCACCGCUAGGUGGUGGUGGUGGCAUAGGUUAUGAAGCUAAUCCUGGAGUUCCACCAGCAACCAUGAGUGGUUCCAUGAUGGGAAGCGACAUGCGUACUGAGCGCUUUGGGCAGGGAGGUGCGGGUCCUGUGGGUGGACAGGGUCCUAGAGGAAUGGGGCCUGGAACUCCAGCAGGAUAUGGUAGAGGGAGAGAAGAGUAUGAAGGGCCAAAUAAAAAACCCCGAUUUUAGAUACUUAGGCUUUCAUUCCAGUUUGGUUUUGUCUUCUUGUUUAGAUACCACUUAAAUUCUUGGCAUUUUAGUAAGAAAGCUACCUUUUUAUGGAUGUUAGCAGUUUAUUGACCUGAUAUUUGUAAAUGGCCUGUUUGGGCAGGUAAAAUUAUGUAACGCAGUGUUCGAAACAGGAGAAAAAUUUUUUCAUUUACUUUUUUUUUAACUGUAUAAUGUUUCUCAAGUUAAUGGCAGUGUACCUUGUGCCACUGAAUUUCCAAAGUGUACCAUUUUUUUUUUACUGUGCUUCAAAUAAAUAGAAAAAAAUAGUUAUGAGACUGAUCUCCAACUUUGCUAUCCAUGCUUCUAUGCACAUUAGGCUAGGUAUUUCACUUGGAAAGCAUGAGCGUGUGUAGGCCUGAGUGGCAUAUGCCAUUUCUGGGAAAUGUAACUGGAGGCUAAGUAUUGUUUUCUACAAAUGGUGGCCCCCCCCUUGUUUAAAAAGAAAUGCAUAUUGAAGUAAUUAGGAUUUGUUUGGCAUUAUAGGAAACCGGCUGGUGCUCAGCAUUUUUUAAUGGUUAUAUUAGAAAAGUUGAACUGUAAGUCUUAAUUCAGGCACACGUAUUAAGAUUAUGGAAUGGGUGAAAACUACUGGUAGUGAGAAAGGGGGUUUGGUUAAACGGAUCCCUUAUGGCCCUAUCUAUGAUUCUUUCCUUGAAAGGCUUUGAAAAUGGAAAGAUCAUCUUGUUGCGUUUCCCCAUAUUGUUUUGUUUUAAAAAGAAAACAACCCAAGCCCUACAAAUGGCUUGUACUGAACUUUUGCAUUUGAAUUAAAGAUUGUUAAACAUGAAGCCUUUUCAUGUAUUACUUCAAGUGAUUUAAAAGACGGGAUUUAGUUGGGAGUUUUAACUUGAAGAGUUAAGGGUUAGUAGUUAACUAUAAAGUUUAGCCUUAUGUAUGCCUCCUUGUGUUGCUUCUAGUGAGCAAAAUCUGUAGUCUGAAAGUGUUGGUUCUCUUGGAGAACUAGUGGUGACUGUUACCAAGUAGGACUGCCAAAUCUUCUCACUAUGGAGCUGAACUGUUUACAUCAGUCUUAUACUGUAGUACCAAACCCGGAGAGAGUUGCUCAGGCUGCAUAGUAAAAAUACUCUUUCCUCCACCAUAAGCUUGGGGAUGUUUCCAUGAUGUCAGUUGAUUGUCAACUUCAUUGAAUUUCCUUUUCAUUAGAACAAGAGACUUUCUGACUUGAUGAUAAUAAUAAAGUGUAGAUUGCUUACUGUUGUUUAUGAGUAUAAUGGGAGCUUGAUUUCUUCCCAGUGUAAAUAUGUAAGAGGAAAAACUAACAGUACGGAAGUAAUUGAAUAGCUUGGCUCUGUUCUUAGUUACAUUUUCAUUCAAGUCUACAUUGUAGAACUUUCACUGUGAAAUGUCUUCAUCCUUUCCACCUCUAUCCUUGGUGCUAAUUGGCGAAAGAAAUCCUAAAUCACUUGCUGAGGUCGAGUACUGUGCUUGAGUACAAAAGGAGACCUAUUGUGGAAACAGUCGAGUACUUCAUGCAUAGAAACGUUGGAAUUUUUGAAAGCAAAACACUACUGGAUUAUAAAAAGCAUGCCAUCAAAUGGUUGUAUGACUGACAGGUUUAUAGUGUGUAUUAAGGGGAAAAAACUUUAGAAAGUACAUUCAUUUUUUAAUCACCAGUACACUUGGAAAUAGGUAGUUCUAUUAUAAUCAUAGCAAUCAGAAAGUUAUUGGCCCAACUGAAGUUAAUAAUUGUAUGGAAACAAAGGUCUGGAUUUGAAGGAGCUCUUUUGGUUGAAUUGUAAUAGUAGGGACCAUAAUAAUGAGAAAAUUGAGGGGUGUUCAUGGGACACCCAUAGAGGGUGAAUUUGAAUGUAUAUGGGUGGGGGCUGGAGGGGAAAUGGGAAAAUCUGCCUAUAAAAUUAAUGUUUCAGUUUAUUUUUCAGAUUACAUGCCUUUCUUUAUAAGGGAUGCUGGCACAGACCCUAAGAUAAGCUUUUGGUAGUAGUAUACCCUUGAAGAGUGCUGAAAGGAUGCUUAGGGAUAAUUUCCUCAGACUGUGGCUUUUGAUAGCCUUUACUGGGGGCUGUAGAGCUGCUAAACAGUGUUUAGCAGAGAGGCUGCAUAGUGUCAACCAACACUGACUCUGAUCAGUGAAACUGCACCAAGGGUUGUAAGCUGCUGAGACUUUCAUUGAGUCUUACAUGUGAUGGUUUUAGCCUGCUAGUGAUUUUACAUCAUCUUGAACAGUUGAACCAAAAGCUAACAGGGAAACUUAGGGUGGGAGGGGAGGUUGUCAGGAUGUAGUUUAGACAUUUUCCCUUUGAAGAAACCACUUGCCCCAUUUCCUCCUCCACUUUUAUCAAAAUUUUGUUUACAGAGGACACUUGGAAAAUUUCUCCUUUUAAAGUUACAUUCUAUAAGAGUAUAUUUAAUAGGCCUGCUAUAAGCUGAACCCAUUGACAUCUUUAUGUGGUGAGUGAGACUUACCUUAAAACCCACCACUCUGUUUUGUACCACUAAUAUAAACAUAAUUUGGGAAAUUGUAAUGUUACACCUGUGCAAUUCUUACAAGUGGCAUAUCAUGGCAGAGAAAAAUUUAGGUACUUGGCUUGGACAAGCCACAAAGUUGUGGCAGAAUGUUUUGUGGUGUUCUUGGACUGCAAUUGUGCACUAUUAAAGUAGUGGCCUGCUACAUAACUGCAUUUAGCCAGCAUUUCUGCAGUGCGUAACUGUGAGGAACGUAGUACCGCAAAUGGCAAUGGACAUUAGGACCCGGAUGUAGUAUUCCUGCUUGCUCCAAGAUUCUCAUUGCCGACUGCAUACAGGUAGGUAACAAGCAAUAUAAUCUAACUUGGUGACUUGCUAUGUGCUUUUAUUCAGUGGCAUUCUGACAUCACACUUCUGACAGUGAAAUUACAGUGCAGCACCUAAUACUUGUAUGAUAAGCUAGGUUAGUUCAAAAUCUGGGUCUGGGGUUAGAUCUGUAAUUUGUUAGUAAGAACUCAGUGUUGUAGUUCUCAAAAGUACAAACUUGAAUCCUUGUGUCUUGACUCAGUUUUGUGGUUUUCUUUAGUUACAUUGUAACUGAAGAGAAAACAGCAACGCAGCUGGUUGGUGGGUGAGGGAACCAAACCAUACUGACCUGGGGUGCUCAGAGUACCUUGGCGAAGACUGUAGCAUGCGAAAAUUACUCUCCUUAGUAGCAAACAUGACCUCUUCAUCGGUCAGCAAUGUCUAAUUUCAUUAUGCAAUCUCGAUAGCACUGCAAGUUGAGUGAAAUAGGACUAAAUGACACGGGGUGGUGGAUUUUUUUCUGGGUUUUGUUUCUUUUUGUAAUGUGAUCAAAAUUUUCCAGGUUUGGGCUUCAUGGGAAGACUUGUUACUAACUUGGGCUUAGAUGGGAAUCUUACGAAUAGUUCAAGUUCUGUGGCUUGUCUGAAUAUGUUUAUACUCCAGACUUGGGGGACACUAGUGCGAAACAGUGGCUUAACAUGUUGGGAAUCAUUCCCCACCAUAAGACUUCGUCGUCUUCUGUAGAGAGAGUGCAUUGUUCAGAGUAGCUCUUUGAACUUCCCUAGCUUUAGAGAUGUGAUUGAUUAUAGUCCAAAAUGUUUAAUAAUCACAGGAAUACGUAAGUCUUCAAAGCACCUUCCUUGUUGCUUAGGACUUGAACUUUCUAUCAACUGUUGUUCCAGACCUCAAUUCAGUUAGCCUUGGUAUUUAACUAGCAUGCAUGAGAAAACAGCUACCACUUGUAAUGCUUUCUGCUCUAUAACUGGAAGGUUUGGUUCAUUUUUGCAUACGUACCGCUGAAAGCUUCAGGACUGUGAGAAUUGCCUUUCGAUGAAUCAAGAACAAUGGCUUGCUAUCAGGCUGUCAUGGCGGGGCAGUUACUCUAGCAAGCAAUUGUGAUUACUGAUGGGUGAAAGCAAUAUGGUGACUACUUCUACAAUGUAGAUCAAACAAUGUGACAUGAGUAUCACUAACCUCCCUGAAACCCUGCUGGGGGCAUUGAAGUGUCAUAGUCUAUUAAAUCGGUAGCACGUGCUUGUUACCGUGGCUCAGCGAUUUUGAAUGUUAACAAAAGCUCAGACUUCUGAACAGAAACAAAUUGAAGAGAUUAUAUUUGAACAUGGACUUGGGAUGGGGUGAUCCCCCCCUUCCUUGGUCUGCUUUAAGAUUAGGCUUUUGUACAUGCUAGUUAAUUUGAAUGUAGGUGUAAGCUGUGGAUUUUCUAGUAUAUUGGGUUUUUAAAACACUCAAAAAGCUGGGAUUUAAAUGGGUUCCAGUAAUACUAUAUACUAAGGUGCUUGCAUUGUAUUUCAUAAAUCUUGUUGCAUCCAAAAUUACUAUUUUUUUUUAAUGAAAACUAAGUUCAGAGGUGUGAUGCCAGAAUGUAUUAUCAUACUGUUAGGCCCUUGGAGCAGAUCCCGGUGCUUUCUGAAAGAUGAAAGUAAUGUAAUGGGUACUCUUCAUCCAGGGCUGCUUGCAGCCUAUCAGCAAUGCAUACUCUGACUCUCCCUAAUGAAGAGAUGCGUGUGAUUAGUUUUGGUCUUUAACCUUAAUGGGGGUGCAUGUCUCCUAUUGUUAAUCAUUGUCAGCUGCAGUGACAGGAUCCACAGUCCUGCAUUUACUGCUGCCUUUUGUGUUAAUGAUUUUGGACAGGUUUUAGAGCUCUGGGGUGUUUGUUUUGGGCCUUUUCUUGGUUUUGGCUUUAGCUGAUAAUGUUUAGUGCUGUCUAGCUAGUGCAGUUCUUAAUGGCUCCCCACUAGGGAGAGAAUAUGGAGGAUUUAACUGCUCCUUUUUAUCAUCUGUCAUUGCUGCUAGAUAAUGAUUGGCAAUUUUUUAGACUCAAAUGUGCAGACCUCAACAGCGAUUGGUAAACAACCAACCUUAGAAAUGUUUUUGAACACCAGUGCUGGAGAAAAAAAUGAAGGUGAAAUGGGCUCGGACGUAGACUAGGGAUAAUUGGAGAAAGGGGAAAGAAUGCAAAACGAUAUAGUAUCCCUUAUGGAUGGUCCAUGUGCAACAGAGAACUAUUUGUAUACCUGUGGCAGUAAUGAUUCCGGUGGGGGCGGGGGCGGGAGAACAACCUGGAACUUGAAUUUUAAGGAUGAGCUUUGUGUUUCUUGUGCACUGUGCCAGGUAUAUAGUGAAGGCUAAUGACUUCUCCCUUAGAAGAAACCUUUUUUUUUUCUUCUCUGCUGUCCCAAUAAUGCAUAGAUGAGGCCUUGGAAGACAAAAAUUGAAGCAAAUACAUAGGAUUGCAGGGUAAAGAACUGCAGUGUUGUGUGCUUGCUGUAGUUAGGGUCAAAGCACUCAGAAUGAAAGUCACCGAAUUGACUGGGGAAGCAGGGAACUUGUAAGCUGAUAGCUGCUUUAGUCAGGUAAACGUUGUCACAUACCUUCACAUAAGGGAUAGUAUAUUAUGGGUUGCAGUCAAACUUCAUUGUGCUCAGACUGGUGAAUAUAGGAUUUAGGCUUUUGCAUUUUAAAGAAGGUAUUAGGCUUUUGCAUUUUGAAGAAGAUAGUUUUCUUUCUAAUUCUGUCAUCUACUUAUUACUUUACAUAAAGAAUAAUUUUAGAUCCCCCUGCAUAAAAUUUCUUCCUUUUUUAUUUUUUUUUUUAAUGCUAUAACUUAUUCCAGUCUUUAAUAAUCUCUGGAAUUUUGCUCUUUAGAAUUUGGAAGUUAACUAGCAUUUUUCAAGCCUUUAUUACAUACCCUUGUCUUUCAUACUAACUUUUUUUUAUUAUUCUUUAGGUAAGAAUGAUUGAUGUUGGCUGACUUUGGAAUCUUACUUACUUGAAGUGGAAUUAGAUGUUCUCAAGACAUACAACAUGUGCCAUCCAAGAAGGAAAGCCACAAAUUGCUUAGAUUGACAGACUCUUGGAUCAAGUGAGCUGUAUCAGAAAAUGAGUCAAGACCAAAGAGGAAUGAACUUGACAUUAAUAAAGAUACAUUAUUUUAAAA